UUAGAACUCGAAUUCAGAAGUCCGGGAUAAAAUUGCCACAAAGCCUCGUAGUAUUGCACUUCCAGUUUUCCAUUUAAAGUUGGGUUUAAAUCGCAUAUCUUUUCCAUAUCCCCCCCUUUUUCUCUCUCUCGCGUUCGCUCGCCGAUGGAGAACGCGAAGGAGAGCGGCACCGGAGACAAGAUUGCCGACGAAAACCAUAGCCCGAAAACCCCAACACCGGCGGAUGCCGAGGCCGAGCCCGCUGCAGGGUUGGCGCCACCGCCCCCGCGGCCGCCCGCCCGGACGCCCUUCACCGGCCUCAGCCAGGUCGACGCCGACCUCGCCCUCGCCCGUGCGCUUCAAGAACAAGAGCGGGCGUACAUGAUGCUGCGGAUGAACGGCGGAGAGGGCAGCGAUUACGAGAGCUCCGACGGUGCGAGCGACGGGAACGAUGACGGCGACGAUCCAGACCACCGUAUCCAGGAGGCGGGGAGCGCCGAGGGGAGCGAUUACGGCGAGGACGCAUUCGAUGCCAACGACCGGUCUAUCGAUUCUGCCGAAUUUGAGAGUGAUGAGGCCUUCGCGAGGGCAUUGCAGGACGCUGAGGAGCGAGAGGUGGCCGUCCGGUUGAUGGCCCUUGCCGGAUUGAACGACUGGGGUGUGGAGAAUCACGGGGACCAUGGCAAUCACUCUCAGGAUGCUUGGGAAGAGGUUGAUCCAGAUGAAUACUCUUAUGAGGAACUAGUUGCAUUGGGUGAGGUCGUUGGAACUGAGAGCAGAGGCCUAUCUGCUGUCACAAUUGCCUCUCUGCCUUCAGUCAACUACAAGGCAGGAAGCGUGCAAGAUGGCAACACUGAUCAGUGUGUUAUUUGCCGACUGGAGUAUGAGGAUGGUGAAUCCAUAGUUGUGCUCUCAUGCAAGCAUGCAUAUCAUUCUGAGUGUAUAUACAAGUGGCUUCAAAUAAACAAGGUAUGUCCAAUCUGCAGCACUGAGGUUUCUACCUCUGGAAAUAAGCAGGAAUGACACCUGAUAGAAGUUGCCAUUGCCUUAUUUGAAUGCAAUGAGAAGAAAGCUCCUCUGGCUAUAUUUGUCUCAAAUAUUGCAUCCAUCGAUACUCACUCAUAGUCAAAUGGAGUUGUUAGAUGCUGCAACUUAAAUGCAUAAAUUGCUAUAUUAUGCAAUAUACUCCAAUCCAUAAAUUCAUUACCACUCCAGAGUAUUCUACUUUUCUA